GACAUUUGUUAGAUUUGAACGAAUUGAUUAUUAAGUUUGUUGUAAUUGUAAUUUAUUGAAUUUUCUGAACUGUACAGUAUAUUUUAUUACCUAUUUUAGUUGUGGAUAAGUUAUACAAACUAUUUAAUAAAUCGGUUUUGUAAAGUUAUGUAAAUAAAAACUUAUUUAUGUCAAGAUGACUUCGGAAGCCGAAGCUAUAAAAACAAAUGAAUUUCUACGACGAAGAAAGCUGAGACUUCAACAGGUUCGAGAGCAAUCUAAAGAUAUUGCUAAGAAAAUACGACAGCGCGCCAAGGUUGAAAAGUUAAGACAGGUCGUUGAUCUCGACGCAAAGAAACAGAAGGAGUAUUUCGAAUGUCAAGAGCGACUGGUGAAGCAUCUAGAGGUGCUGUAUGCGAGAGGCUUGGACAACGUCGGCGCGGGUCACCACAGUGCUUCCGAAUUAGCACAACAAGAUGAAGUAAUAAAGACAGACUUGUCUAAGGUGCGUGGUAAAGAAGCUGUAGCUGAACUAAGAAGGAAAAAACAGGAAAAAUUAGAUCAACAGAAAAAACUACUAGACAGAAAACUACAAGCAAGGGAAGUAGCUAAUGAAAUAAGUCGAGAAAAGUCAUCAACAGUAGCUCACAAAGUUUUAUCCAAACCUGAAAAAUUAAAAGUGUCAGAUGACUCUACAGAAAAAGCGGCUGGUUCUUCAGAGCUUGCAAAGGAGACUAAUAAGGAUGUAGAGAAAAAUAAUAAUGUAAUAGAGUCUAUAAAGACUGCUGACAUGGCUACCCAGUGGGACAUGGAGAGCAUGCCACACGAGUGGGAGCCAGCUGUGCCAGCAUUGUCACUUCCUACCGACAAAGACACGCCUAAAGAUUCAGAUGAAUAUGUGGGAGGCAAACCUGACAAGAACAGAAGGUUAGAUCUGUUUGCCCUCAGUAAGGAGAUGCCAGCAAGCUUACGAGGCCAGCAUUCCCAUGAAAGUAAAGAAAGGGAGCUAGGACGGCCUUCUCUUACAAUAGUCUCUGAAUACCUCCAGAACAGGAAGCUGCGUUUACGGGAAAAUGAGCCAACAAGUGUCAGCAAAAAGUCUCUAGAAGAUAUGCAAAGCUUGAAGCAAACUAUCCAACGCACAAGAUCAACUAAACCGGAAGUUUCAGGCAAAGUGUCCAAUGACAAAGUUAAGAAUACAUCGGAGGUUGGGUUCCACAGGAAGAGCUCUGUUAUGAUGUACAACCACUCUACCAGAGACACUCGAGACUUGCCCUAUGGAGAAGAUAAGUUGGUAAUCAGAGACCCACAGCAUGAGGAGGAUGCUUAUUCCCAAGCCAUGAGGCAGGUGUCGGCCCUUGGUGUCAAAGACAAGGAUUCUCUUAAGAAAGUCCAAGACAUGAGAAGUAAAGUUGCAGUCACCAAACAAAAUGUUGAAAAGGAAUAUAAGGACACUAUGAAUUUCUUGAAUAGUUUGCCUAAAGACAAGUCUAGUAAAAGCAUUAAAAGUGCGUACAUGGAUGAGCGACGACAGCUAAUGCAAGAAGAAAAUCGCCAGCAAAAGAUGCAACAAGAGUACAAGAAAAUAGAAAAAGAAUGUAGAAAACAUAACUGUUCGAAAAACCAAUUAAAAAACCAAUCCCGGUCUCCGUCAAGACUUGAGACAGAUGAGAACUUUGACAGCAGAGACUUCCAAUACUCUUGGAUGCCUGUGCCGGAGAGCGACGGCAACCUCGCCAUCCACGCAAUACCUAACACAGUGAGACAGGGGAAGUCUGGCAACAGUGUAAAGUUCAGCAAGGUUGACAGCUACCACGAAUACAGGUCACGCCAUAAGCACACACCGCCGACUAAAGAUAUCCAGGACAGACCUACAAAAAAAGUGGUUGAAACUGUCAUAAUAGAUAAGGCAGCCACUGAGUCUUCCGAUACCUGUUCCGUUACCUCAGAAGCAAGUUCCAUUGAGAAUCUCAAAAUUGGCCCAAAUACAAAACAUAAAAGUGCCAAGGAGAUCAAUCAGAAUCUUUCAGCUGCUGAAAGAAUUAUUAUUUACAAAGUACUAGAUUCAAAAACUGAGAAAAAAACGAAAAGACAAACCAAACUUUUAAAUGAGAUAGCUAAAUCAUUGACUUGUAUUGAAAAGGGUCAGAAGAAGCUGGCCAGCCAAGACGGAAUAGAGCCUCAAGCAAAGCAAUCGGCACAUGUGCGGUCAUAUAGCAAGAGUGCUGAUAAUGCAGUCUCAUUCGAACAUCUCAACGAAGGUAAAGGUGUCUACAAAAUGGUUGAAGAACAAGGGGACAACAUUGCCUCCAUGUACUUCAACGACCGUGAAAAGGUUGGGGAAACGCAAUCCGAGAAUGCUCACAUGCGUCCUUGUCACUGCAAGCAACCACACCCCAGUGAAAAAAGUUCUGCUGCGCAUUGGGAAACUGCUGAUGGUCUUUUGACAGCAGGGACAACUACCGAGGGUAAGUGCCCCAGUGCUACCAAAAACGUGAGCAAGCCUCCUGCGCAGGCUUCCACCGCGCCGUCGACGUCUUCAUACAUAACAGCCAACAACGACAAGGGCAGCACUUCUGAAGGUGGGUUUAUUAAGUUAGUUGAUGAAAGUGGACACGAGGCAGGGAAAUUCUACAUAGGUGCUACUGGAUUCCUUAAUAAUAAUACUUACGAAGUGGUUAUACAACUUCGAAAGAAAGAUGGAACUCCACUAGAAAAAAAUAUUGACAUGAAAACAGCGAUAAAUCAUAAUAAACAAAAUGAAAACAGUAAAAACAAUGACGAAGAUAGUAACAAUGAUGUACAGAAUAACCCCAGACCAAAGUCUGGUGGGAAUAAUGUGCAAGUAAGUUCAGAUGAGGAUUUACGGGAAGUUCUAGGGUAUAGAAGUGAUACUCAUAAGCAGUCUUUUGUUAUUCCACCUCAAGAAUUGUGUGGUGAUGUGCCUGAUCAGAAUGGAAAUGUUCAAAAUGGGGCUAAUACUGGACAAGUUGAUGAUUUAGUACUUAUACAAUCUAAUUCAGUAAAUAAAGAUGUGUCUGACAAAGGGGUGCAUAUCCACAUAGCUGAAACGAAAACAUCACAGGCCCCUAAAACUGCCACAACCACAUACACUCAAACUACUCCGAGCUCGCCACUCCACAGACCCGUAUUCUUCCAUAUGAGCUCCUCCAGCUCCACUGCUUACAUGAGCCCACCAGAAAUGAUAUUACCUAAAUUCUUCCGACAAAAAUGUGGCAGCGACAUCAUUGACAGCGAAGUAUACGAUCCAAUACAAAGAAUUGAAGUGACAGCAAACGAAUACUGUGAAGAAUAUGCAGGCUGUACUUGCAGAAAAUGUCUGCUGGCAAGGAAAGUGACACUGAGUAAAGUACCGAUGUAUCGCAGACAGAAUGAAACUAAGAAGGAAGCAAUACCUAAUACGGGCCAUAAUGCUCCCGAUGUACGACCCGAAACGCAGGACAUUUCACGUGACAGAAAUGUACCCAGCACAGUGUCCAGCAACGUUGAGAGAACCAUCAAACCGAAAUGCUCGCAUCACAAGCGUAGACAUGCUGAAUCUAUUAAAAGACAUUGCUACAGAAAUCAAAAACAGUCUAUAGAAAGUGUUCGCUCAUCACGAAACAUGGGAUUGAAUUUGAAUUUAAAGAAUAGAUAUAAAUCUGCAAGUACAAAUCGCGACAAAAAAUCUGAUUCCAGUAUAAAUCCAAUAAUUAAAGACUACGUAAAUAAAUUACUGGCUUUAAACAGGGAAGGCCUGAAAGCAGUUGAAGUAGCAGAUCAGGAAUGCAGUUCAGUGGGUACUCCUGGCAGCUCAAUUAUUAAUGUCCCAUUUAAUGUUGAUGAGAGAAAAACCUCCUUAUUAAGUACCAUAUCGUUAGAACAAAUAAAAUCCUUACUGAAACAACAAAUCAUGGAAGAGGAACUAACAAAAAAUUACAAACAGGGCUCUUUUAUUUAUUCACUAGGUAAUAGCAAAAACAGUCUUAGAUACUCUUCCUCCCGAACAUGCCGCAAAAAACCUGUACAUAAAGUGAAAUCUUUGAAUAUAUCCAAACAAUUGCUAAAGCUAAGUAGGACUUCUGAGCGAAAGCCAAGACACUUCCUACCGCAACUAUAUGCUGUUGGAAACGUCAAAACUCGAGUGUACGGAUGUAGCACAUCUAGAAAAACACGCUGCAAAAGUUCGCCAACGCCAAGGCAGGUUUAUAGCACCGAGCCAUAUUCUAAAUGCAACGAUUCCUUAUCUACAACCAAAAAUUCCAUUGCAACUGUUAACUGUCGCAGUAACAGAUCGGGAACUGCUGAUGUAGUUUCUCCUGACUUAGAGUACAAUAAUCCAGAUGUGAAGGGUCGCAGUAGCCAACAAUUACCUCUACAUAGAGCAACUGCCACCGAGUCGACGGUCGCUUCAGGGACAGUCGGUGAUUUAAAAUGUGAUGUUCCCAUAAGUAUGUCUACUCAGACGUCGCAAAAUAAAGACGUUAACACAGACUCUCAUUUUAUGAAAUUAGCAGAAGACAAAUUGCAUAACAUGGAAAAGAUCGCAGACUUAACCGAAAAGUGUACGAAACGCCUGUCAAAUCUAGCUAAAGUACUACAGGAAGUACGGAAAAAUAAAUCGCUGGUUUAUAGUCAAAUAUCAUCUGCCGAAUCAACAGACUCUCAUUCGGAUCACAAAUCCGAAGAGGAAGCCUUGGCUCCAUUAGAAUCUAACGAUAUUCCGCAAAUAUUGGAAAAAUCACCUGAGCAAUUUCCUAAUGAAAAUUACAAAGUCGCAAACGAAAUACUGCAAUCAGGGUACAUUACUGUCUUGCCAGAUAUUCCCAAACCAUCAUUAGAACUAUCCGACUCAAACAUACCGUCGCGUCCGAAGUCUGCUGACAAACUAGAUUCGCCCCUGCAUUUGUCGGCAACUACAGCAGAAAUGACGAUCAAAAGUAGACCAAAACCACCAACAGCUUUAUCUCGAGUUAGUUUUAAACAUGGUCAAGAAUACGUAAUCCCGCAUGAACUUUCCACGGUAAUUGAAGUAGAUUCUCCUAUGAGUAUGAAACUCAAAAAUCAGUCUGCACGCAACGAUCUUAAGGAUUCUUCCUUCAACUCGAACAGGUCAUCUCCUAGGGAUAAUGUGAUUGAAAAAGAGAAUGUCAGGCAGCGUAAAUCUCGAAAUGAAUCUAAUGUAAACCCUGACUUACUUCAAACAAAUUCCAUUUUUACUAACAAGUAUAAAUUGUCAUCAGAGUCGUCAGACGAAUCUAAAUUUCAAAUGAUAGAUCUAAAACAUUUUAAUGAGAUAAUGUUGGAGCCUUUUAUUAGCAUUCAAGAAUAUGCUAAACAAUACAACAUGGAACCCCCAGAUGAGGGUUCCAACCUGGGUGAGUUGCAUAGAGAGGAUAUCAAUAACGAUGACAUGAGUUCUCUACAUUCUGACGGUAGUUUGCCAGACGUAAUAGCAGAACUUUUGAAACGAAAUAUCAUAACUGAACCAUUUAAGUUUGACACAGCAUCUAAUGUUAACUCUACCACUGUAUCUUCAGAGUCGACUUUGUCUAUGUUAGCUUUAUCGAAAGUACGUAGAGAUAGAAAGAAAUCUCAUGUUUUCCGCAAUAAGGAGAAUAUUGGCGAAACAUCUGAUACCAUGAGUAUGUCUUCAAAUCCAGACCUAGAAAACGCUUUUAAAAAACUGGGUAUGGGUUGGGCAUCGUCUACACUGAAGAAGACGAAGGAACGUUUAGCUUUAUCGUCAUCUUCCAAUACUUCAAGUUCUAGCUUAUCUCAAUUCAAAAUUAAAAGUUUUAAUCAGGAUGUACCAGUUCUAGUUACCGAUUCUGUUUCAUCCGUAGCUCAUGUAACUAAAGGCGUGCAGCAUAAGAAUACCCUUGACAACUCCAAAAGUGCCGAACAGCAAACCACCCUAUGUAAUUCUAUGACUGUUAAAGAAUUUUUAAGAAAUGAACUUGCCAAGAAAAUAACAUUCACAAAUAAAUCAAAUGCACAUGAUACUCAAGAAGAAUUUGUGUCCAUGUUCGAAACAAAGAUGCCAGAAGAAAUGAAAGACACAUCGCAAGUAAUUCACGACCGCUCGGCAGACAGUGCACCGAGCGGCACGAACCGGGCACGCACAUCCACCCCAGUGCAGCUAUUCAAAUCUGUGACGUACCACUCGAGCUCCAGCUCGAACGUGUCUAACGGCUUGUUCAGUAACGCUGAUGACCUGUCGUCGGUCAAAAUGACGUCAAAUUCCAUGAAAAACCAUUCCACAUCUGAUAAGGAUGACUUGACCAUUCCCAACUUCAGUCUGAGAAUGAAAAAGAGUUCUGACUGUAGUAAGAGUGAUUAAACGUAAAUUGUUGGUUUGUGAUAUGUUUAUUUAUAUGAAAAAUAAUUAUUAGUUAGAAAAAUAUUUAUGUAUUACUGUAAUGAUGUUAUUUGAACUUUAUGUGUAUCAAUUCUGGAAAUUUGUACUAAUAUAUGGGAGAAAACCAAAGUUUCCAGGAGAGCAAAAAUAAGAAAUUUUAAAUUCUUAACAACAUCAUACUUUAUUUUAAAUAUCCACCAUCAUACUUUAUAUAACAGUAAGAAAUUCUGAGGCCAGCAAUAUGUAACUACUCAUUAUAGUCUCUUACGUUAAUACAAAUUUCCAGUAUCAAUAUUUUCAAUAAAUCAAUGAGUUAAAUUUAA